AUGUCGUCUCCAAUUCCCAACUUUCGCCAUCUUUACAUCGGCAAGACCAUGUAUGCAACACGUAGUGAUCAACUCUACUCCCAUCAGUCCUUGAGUGGACACGCCUCUAUUGGUGAUGGCGAUUCAGAUAACGAUAGCAAGCUUUCGACAUACUCCGAUGACGAUCAUGGAGACGAGGAACAGUAUAGAGAGGGCGGGGGAAUAGGAUCCCAAGAAUUUGACGUGUUCUCAGAAGAUGAGGAAUCAGACGAUGAGCCACUACACACUGUGCUUGCUGUCGAUCAUUGCAGAUUAGUACGAUCAAGGAGGCAGUCGGGGGAGCAAUUGAGUCCAUACUUCGCUUUCCAGGUUGGUGUGGCAGAGGUCGAAACCCGCAGCAUUCGAAUUGGCUCAUUAAGGCAAGGAGGGGAAGAGAAGUGUUCGUGCGGAAUGGAGCCUUGCUUCCACAUAGCCAGACUUAAGUCUGCAAUGGGCAUAGCAGCCGAUGAUGAUUGCUUUGAGCGCCUCGACGAACGUGGUAUGUCCAAUGUAUGCGACGAGCUUGGGUGGAAUUACUCAGACGAACCAUACCUUUUUCCCGCACCACAAUGGACGCUCAAGAAUGAGAGAAUAAGGACAAGCACGGCAUCCCGCGGAAGAGAAUAUGACGUCAGAGACAUGUUAUCAUUCUUUCACCCACAAGCCGUGGCGGAUGAGUACCGAGACAUCUUUGAUUUUGCUGUACAUAGCAACGAGGUCCUUGUGCCUUACAACCUUGAAGCGACUUUGUCCAGACUGCUGACCCAGGAUGAUGUUAUUUUUCGUCGAUUUGAACAUCACAUCCCCAGAGAACGCCGUGAUAUCAUGUAUCUGCACAAGAUGGAGGAUAAGUUCAACGAAUCACUUCGGCAAUUGGAUGAAUAUUCAGCUUCUGGCAGUCUUUCCAAUUGGAAUGCGAUGACCCCAUCCGACAACGUUGCUUUUGAACACAACGUACCAUGGUGUGCCCAAAGUCUCAUUCGAAUUAGUGAUUCAAUGAGUGAUAACUUGAGAUGGCGAGUCGGUAUGAGUGUACAUAAUCAAUUGCAAGCAGCUGCAACCCUGAUUCGAAUGUUGGAGGCUGUUCGGUCGCGCAAUGUCGAUGUAUACGCGAAUCAUUCUUUUCGCCGCAACAGACCCCAUGGAGAGCAACUGACCAAUCGAAAUCUUUACCUGAAUUUACUUGGUCCACAAUCCGAGAAUAUUCCAGGUAGAAGCAAUUUCAUUCUUGACGCCCUAGAAACCUUGCCCAGGAAUGUCGUUGCCGCCGGUGAUUUUAUCGAUCGUUUAGACCGUCUCCGCGCCGAUUUUAGCAGUGUCGGUUUUGUUUCCCCAAGGCGACUAUAUGUGAAUAGGCUAGACCAGUUGGUGUCAAAGCUUAGAGAAAAUUAUGGACUUCCUUUAGUGUCGGUUUCGUCAUCCAUGCAAGCUACAGGUACCGUUUCUACCAACCUCGAGCCUUCCUACGAUGUUGGGUCAAGUUCUUAUGCCGUUGCCGGUCCGCUUCUCAGAGGACCAAGCUCUUCGUCACGUACUAGACGAGGCUCCUCGACUCGUUCAGCAUUAGGGAAGCGGUCUGACAGGUCUGGUACUUCUAGCGAUCGACGUGGAAAACGCGCCAUGAAGUAA